AGUGGACAGUAGGUAAGUCCCCAUCACCAUGUACCAGUGGGCAGUAGGUCUGGUGGAAGGCGGGACACAGGUGCAGGGCUUCACUAAUGUUGGUAGAAACCCUCAAGGAACAGUUUCUGUCCAGAAGCUCACUCACAACUCCAGACUGUAUGUGUCAGUACUCGCCACUAACGCUGCCGGCCUGACGUCACUGACCAGAGCUGAACCAGUGACGGUGGACAUGACGCCACCAACUAUACAACAAGUCAACGAUGGUUCAGGAGUUGAUGCAGACUUCCUUUCACCAGAGGACAUGGCAGCGAACUGGGCUGUGGAAGAUCAGGAAUCGGAUUCUAUCAACUGUGACAUUGCUAUAGGGCACACGCCUGGAGAUGACGACGUCCGUCGGUUUGCUCGAACUAAUCCCGGAGUUAGAUUUACCAGGUGGAAUCUGACUGAUCUAGUGACGUCAUCUAGUUUGAAGGUGUACACGACAGUACGUUGCCAUAACAACGCGGGGCAGACCUCCGAGUCCUCAUCUGAUGGUGUCGUCAUCGUGUCCAGGGGAGACGUUGCGACUGUAGCUGGCUUCAAGGUCCUACAGGAGAGCCCCUCUGUGUUCUCAGACAGAGGCCAGUGUCACGUAGCCCGAGACACUGUGAGACUUCACUGGGAGGGAGGAGAAACCCAGACUCCUUACACUGCGCUGGUUCACAUCGAGGGUAGCAGUUUGAUCUACGAACAUAUCGUCCCGAGUAUAUUCACGUACACAUCUGCCCAGCUGUGUGGACUGAAGCUCAGUGAUCUGACAACCUACAACAUCAGCGCCAUGCAUGUGCUGGACAAGGCAGGGUACCCGACAGAAGCUUUUAUCACCAUGAAUGGACCACCACCAAGUCUAAACAAAGCAGCGAUGAUCUCGUCUAGGACGUCAGACAGGAUGACCACUCUGUCCUGGUCUGGCCUGUUUACCUCCCCCUGGGGCCGGCUUGUGUAUGAAGUGAUGGUGGGCAGGGUGGAGGGUGGGGCAGAUGUGGUGGACGGGCUGCUGACACGCCAGGAGCAGAUGAAGCUCAACCUGUCCUCGCACCCACAAACUGUCACUGCCGUAUAUGUCUCUAUAACAGCCAUUGAUGCGUGUGGAUACACUGCUUACUACUCACAGGCUGUGGGUGUUGUCCCGUGACUCCAACUGAUUCGUGGAUGUGUAAAUCGUGAUUAAAUAUUGUUUUCUAAUUUUGACAGUGUAAUUUGUUCCCAUUCGUACAUGCUCACACACUCAUUAGUCAAUUUGAUCAUCAUGACCAAUUUUGAAAUUAUAUUUAUAAUCAAGUUGUUUUGUCAUUACACAAAUAUGAUAUUUUGUAAUAGUUUUUGCUAAUGUUCUGAUCCCAAAACUGUAUCAAGUCAUCUUCUGUCGAAACUUCUUUUAAAGUCAUAGGAAAGUUGAGUACGGAUUCAACCCAUGAGAGUAAGGAUAAGCUGAGAAGGAAUAAUCCAAGGUUAACAAUCUCAUUAUCUGUUGGACGUGAUCAAAGAUAUUUAUGCUAAAUAUAUAACAAUAACCAAAAACCAUGCUUUAUUAUUUUAAUGUGUUCUUUAUUUGUCAUUCUUGUACCCAAUAAAUUAUAAUCAUAUAGUU